UUUUCACUUUUAGCAGGUAAUGCACAAAGUGAUGGUGGUGACAUCUGCUUUAGAGUCGGGGAUACUACUAAUCCUCUUACAGAGUCUAAUGCAGCUUUGUCUCUGCAGGCAGGGAGAGGUACCCCCGGUGGCGCCGUCUCCAUUCUGGGACCCGGCGGCUCACUCAACCUGUCUUCGGGUUCCGGAGACUAUUCUGGCAAUCUUUCUCUAUCAUCGGGUAGUACCCAGGAGGCCGUCGCCGGAACCGUCGCUCUAGUCACCGGAUCAUCCACUGCCCAAGGUACUGGAGUGAUAUAUUUUAAUACUUCGUGUGUCGGCUCCAGUGCUGGCUCAGGUAGUCUAAUUCUUGCGAGCGGGACUACCACUAGUAAUAUGGGCGGUGACUUGGCAGCUGCUGCGGGCGCCAUUACGAUAUGCUCCGGCUCUGGUUCUGGCUCUUGCUCUGGCACAGUCGCAAUUAUAGGCUCAGUUGCACCAAGUGGCGUCGGCGGUCAACUCACUGCCAUGGGCGGCCUGGCCUCGAAUGCAUCCGCACGGGUCUCGACAGGCGAUGCCGCGUCGAGUGGCUUGCUGGCAUGUGCAACUGGCAGUACACCUCCCACAUCUGGCGACGCUAUUCUAUCUACUGGAGCAUCGAGCUCUGCUUCGACGGGAACGGUUGCGGUCUGCAUAGGCAAUACGACGUUCGGCGCAUGUGGCGGAAAUGUUCGCUUUAACGGAGGCUUGUGGAAUCCGGCUUCCGCCACUGGAAACGCAGGUGCCUCAGAGGGUAUGGCCUUGAUUUCAGGUGCGUGUCAAGGUGAGAUCUUGGAGGAGGGCACGUCGGGAUAUAUUUUCCUGGCGACAGACAAGGGGAGUAGCACAAACGUCGCGCAAGCUUUAAAUUCUGGCACCUUCUCCCUAGAGACGGGAAAUGGAACAUGUGGAGGGAACUUCACCCUCAUUGCUGGUCGGUCUCAGGUAGGUCAAGGCGCAUCCAUUUGUGUAACGGCUGGCGCUACGCAUAAUGUCACCACCUGAUUUGCCGCGUCUUUGACCUUUUUCUUUAUUAUCCUUGUUGUUCGCAGGUCACUGGGGGCGAUGACUCAACUUUUUGUGGUGGCAGCGCCUCGUUCGCUGCCGGGUUUUCACGCGUCGACUCGGGUGGAUCUAUCCACCUGUCAGCCGCUUCGGGUGCAUCGGGAUAUUUUGGUGGGGACGUGAACAUUGAGACGUCCAACGGUCCUACCACGGGAAAUUCCGGCCGCAUCUUUGUGCGUUCUGGGACAGGACAAAAACGGUCCGGGGCGGUUCUUCUUGCAACUGGUAAUUCUGCUUACGUUUCAGGCGGUUUAAGCCUUGCAUGUGGCCAAUCGGGCGUUGGGGCUGCUGGGAUCGCGUUGGGCGCCGGGGCCACAGAAAAGGUCACUGGAGGCGCCCUUCAGCUCAUGUCGGGCACUAGCGAUGCGGCUCUGACCGGCGGCGUCUCAAUACAAUCUCAGACAGCAUCUGGAGCUACGGGCAAGUUACGCAUGGGCUCCGGGACCGCGGGCAGAGCAGGUGCCGUCUUCGUGGAAACGGGGAGCUCGCGUGUUGCGGGAGACAUAGAGUUCACGGUAGAAAAGAGAGGCAACGUAAGUGUAGCUUCAUGCGGCGGAGUUCUUGUUUCGAGCGGAAGCUCUUGUGCCGGGACAGGCGGUGCCGCUCGAAUCAUUACGACAGCUGGUGCUGUCCGAGUCGGCGCAGGGGCUAAGGGACGGACAACACUAAGAACUAGUGAUGCAGAAACUCAUGGUGGCUGCGUGAAAAUGGCCAUGGGCGAGUCCGAUGCUGCCAGUGCGUCGGCCGUGAUAGAGUCGAGUCCUGAUGGUGAUAUAGCCAUCACUGGUGGUACCGAGGCCGCAGCAUGUUUGUGUUGCGCAAACGUUUCAAAGGAAGGUCACGGCGGUAGUAUGCUUUUCACAGGCGGCAAUGUGCGCGUUGCAGCGGCCGCAGCCAAGAGCGGCACCGGCGGGGAGGCCCGUGCUGCAUCGGGAAACAGCAUAAUCGUUAUGACUGGCGCUGCGAAUAACGUUGGGACAUUGAGGGUUGGCGACGGUGGUAUCAUUGACAUGCGCGCUGGAAAAAAAACGACUGCGCCGGAGGUAAACGUGUCAUCCGGGAAAACAGAAGGCGGUGCCACGGGAGCUGUGACCGUUGCAACCUCGGACUCUUUAUCGUCAGCAGACACAGGAAUUGUCAGCAUAUUAACUGGCAAUUCCGCAGGGAAAGGUGGCACAGUUAGUCUUCAAACAGGCACAAGCUCUGGCGCUAGCUCUGGCCAUGGCAGUGCCACCGCCACGGGAAUGCGUGACUCGGAGGCAAGCGCAACUGGCGACGCUCUGUGCGCCACUGGCGACACGGGUACUCUUUCGAUGAAAGGAAUGAAAGGGGAUGAAAAAUCAGCGGAAGCGUGCUUGAGUCAGGGUGACGUUGAGCUUAUUGCUGGUACAAAAGGCGAGCUUGGAAUAAUUUCUUUAGAUGGAUGCAUCGGAUUUGGAAUUGGAGCCAAGCGUGUACGUCUCGAGAAAAACGAAAGUGGUAUUAUAGAACUGAUAUCGGACGUGAACGUGAAUACACCCGACGCGACCGAUGGAUCGGACCAACGUAUUAAAAAGGAUCUUUUUGCCGCUGAUAUAGAUGACAUUCACAGGCGGCUCGGAAAAGUUGGGCUCCAGACAUAUGGUUAUGCUAACGCGUGGUGUUCUAUGCAUGCCUGCAACGAAACCUUGGUCCGCGGACUUAUUGCACAGGAAUUACGCAACGUUUUCCCAGAACACGUCGACGUACUUCCCUCGUGCUCCUUACCCGAUACGGACAUGGAAAUGAGAGACUUUCAUCAGAUAAAUACAUUGUCGCUUGCACUGGACUCUAUUGCCGGCCUUCAGGCACAGGCUGGACGAUAUCGAGUCGAAAUGGGAAGCGAUCGCGCCUCUUCGAACCUGCGAGUUCGCUCGGAUAAUCACGCCCAUAGUGGCGACCUCUCCGUUGAGACAGGUUGCGCCUCAGAUGCGUCGUCUGGUGGCAUACACUUUCGUGCUGGCGAUGCUGCAAGUGGAAUACGUGGCGGCAGCAUUGAUCUGUUGACCAGUGACAACGCACGAACUGCCGGGGAGGCAAGGCUUUGUGCGGGGAUUGGCGAACGGGCCCUGGCCAUUUCUGCGAAUGACUGCCUUGCGCUAAAUGCUGGUGGCGGCUAUCGUAGCAGUCGAAUAGUUGCUGAAUUGAACAACUGCGGCGUGGUUCUUGGUCGUGCGCGGAAUAAUGGGGCGUCUUUGACUUUGCUAUCUGGUCGAGGGCACGUCGCGACCGGUGGUGACGUCGUUUGCGGCUCUGGGCGUUCUGAAGUAUGCGCAGGUGGUGAUAUUGGAUAUUCGGCGGGCCGUUCCUCUCCCAACGGCGGCGAAGCAACGGUUACGGCUGGAAACGGCCAGAUGAAUAGCGGUUCUUUCGACCUCCUUGGCGCCAGUGUUACUCUGGGUACUGAGGUUGGGUCGCUGCAAAGUGGUGACAUAAGCUUAGGUUCUGGCCGAGGAAAUUUGAACUCGGGUGCUGUGGUUAUACGGUCACACUGCUCUCACACGUCCAGAGCGGGAGACGUUGCUCUAAGGUCCGGUUUCGGCCAUAUAAAAUCCAGAUCUACACAAGUAGUCCUUCGGGCAAAUGAAGAUGUUGAUAUUAUGAGCAAAGCAGCCAACACUCUCAUGUCGUCCGGGCGUGCGGAUGCCCCCAAAGAUGCACAGGCGGGCUCAAUUUACCUUCGAGCAUCGAAACCGCACAAUCGGAGUGAGUCGAGCUCAAUAAGUAUCCUAGGUUGCUCGCGACCGUCCGAAGCUACACUUUCCAUCCUGAGUGGUAAUUCGAAAGGGUGCGGUCCAGGUGGCAGCGCAGUAGUCUCGGGAGGGACGCAUGGAGGUGAAGUCGCCAUUAAUGGCUAUGGCAAGAAGAGCGCUGUAUGCAUAGCAUCGCAGCCUGCGACCACGUUUACGAGUGGAUGUGUGCAUCUAGGAAGUGGUGCGGCCGGAAGAGCUGGCGCGGUGAAUCUCUGCGGCGGCUCGUCGUUUGACUUCGACGGGAGCGGCGUCGCGGUCCGUGCUGGAAGCGGAACUCCUCACAGUGGCGCAGGUGGGUGUAUUGGUGGCGGAGCCGGCCAUGGCCGUCAAGGCGGAGAUCUCAAGCUCGCGGCAGGUAACGGUCGGGAGGCUCCAGGGGGAACCGUCGCCAUGUCCUCGGGCACUAGCAGCACAGCUUCGAGUGGUAGCGUCGCGAUCGGCAGUGGCACAGGCAUGAGAAACAGCGGCAGCGCUCGCGUGUCGAGCGGAAAAGCGGCCAGCGGGACGUCCGGCCCCGUGCGCCUGGGUACCGGCGUUUCGACACGAGCUUCCGGCUGCAUGGCAAUCACCGUGGAUGGCGGGGUCGGCAGUGAUCGAGCAUCUCCAUUAUUAUCUCUGGGCGCUGGUUCGAUCCCCCGCUUUGAAACGCCAGACGGACAAGGUGGUACCGGAAAUGUCUUCGGCGGGCGCGGGCUGUCUGGCGGUAUGGUAUCGGUCAGCGGCGGGUCUGGGGCCUGGGCCGCUGCGGGGCGGGUAAAACUGGACGCGGGUCUUUCUGAUGGAUCGCAAGGCGGCGAUAUCUAUGUCGCCAGUGCCCCUGGAAAGUCAGCGGGUCACCUUCGUCUCUGGGCAGCUUUUAGUUGCUGUCGGGGCUCUGGCGGCAAUGUGCAGCUCCGCGGGGGAAACAGCGCAUCCUUUGCUGGUGGCUUGCUUCGGACAAUUGCCGGCUGCUCCGCUGAACUCAAUGUUGUCACAAAUCAAAGCAGAGACUCGGGCUCAGUGAAAAUGGAGACCGGGAAUGUCCCAUUUGGAGAAGCUGGGCACAUUGGCAUUGUGUCUGGACGCGAAUGCUGUCGGGGGGGGGCGAUUGUGGCCUCGGCAGGAAGCGGGCCCAGGAGGAGUUGGCGCGGUGGAUCUGCAGAUGUUCACGCAGGUAAAAGCUGUUUGUCUGGUGGUGGCGAUAUUUACGUCAGGGGAGGUGCAGGUAGCAUAUCCGAGGGUGGCGGCGUGUGCUUCGGAGCAGAUUCGAGUACAGCCAGUACCACAGGUGGCCAGGUGCAUUUCAAGAGUGGCGGCUCGGAGAUCCAUCCCGGAAUUGAGAAAAGUGGGCGGGUGUUGGUGGCCAGUGGACUAUCUGAGACUUCUGGCCAUGUGAGCUUGCAGACAAAACCAAGUCUGUCGCAAGGAGGCGGCAACUUUCAAAUGGCAUUGCGUGUUGGGCAGUCAAGUGGCAGCACAACUAGUCCAUGGGCAGCUGUUGUUGGGGGAGCGAUGAGGAUUCAUGGCAAAGGUGAGGUCUGUGCACACGGUGGAACUGGCGAAUUUGGCGGGGACGUGUUCUUGAAUGGAGGGGCCUCGGAAUUUGUCCCUGGGGUAAUAUUGCUGGAGAGUGGAGGCGCGUCCGCGGGCAACGCCGGUGCGGGCGGCUCGAUUGGCAUGAAGGCCGGCAAUGCUGGUGAGGGUGGCAUGCUAAUACUCGAGUCAGGUCACAGCAUAAACGGAAUCGGUGGUAACAUAAAGUUGCUUGGGAUUGGUCGCGACAGUAGCGAUGAUGCAAUUGCAUUGACAACAACGAACACUUAUCGGGGAGAAGAAGAUGAGACAAGCGGUGGCAUUUGCAUUACGUCGGGUCAGGUCCGUCCGCAAAAUGAGGUCGGGGGGUCCCUAGAGCUUAAGAGUGGCAACAGCCAGACAACAGGCUCGAUAACGGCCUUCAUGUAUGCGUCCCGGUUCGACGCUGGGGGGAAACUCUGCCUACGAUCAGGAUCAGGCGCUGCCAGUGCUGGGCUUAUCCGGGCUACUGCUGGUGCUGGAUCCACUGGCGGAGGAGCUCGAGUGUUGAGCGGUAGUGGGACACGGGGGGCGGGCGGCGAUGUGCGUCUUUGCAGCGGCAAGAGCGAGACUGGAGCUAGCGGCACGGCACUGAUAAAGACAGCCACUGGUCACAUGAGUGGGGCUAUCAAGAUAGCAGGAGGAAGCGGCUUAAGGCACCAGUCCGGGGACUACUGCAUACAGACAAAGGGAGAAAACCGCCACAAUAGAUCUGGCCACGGUUUCUUUAGCACGGGGUCGAGUGGUAUUGGCGGAAGCGGACAAGUAAACUUGAAUGCAGGUACUGCGCUAGUGGGCGAGGGAGGCGGUGUAGGAGUUGAGGCUGGUUCAAGCGGUGCUGGUGCAAAGGGUGGCACCUUGGUGCAACUAGCAGGUCGAGGAUCAGUCCUUGGAGGAAGCAUCCAGAUUUGCGCGGGAGGAUCACUCGUUGGUCGAGGGGGUGUUGGUGCCGCCCCCUCAUUGCGUUCUGGUUCUGGGCAGCAGAGAGACGGGCCGUUGCUUGUGGGCGCGGGGACUGGGAACUCACAAACCGGUGGCGAGUUGGUGGUGGGGGGUGGUCGGAGCAAAAUGUCAUCAGGGGGUUCUACCUCUAUAAAUGCAGCACAGGCAGUGCUUGUCUCUUCCGGCCGAAGCCAGACUGCACCUGGCAUGAUAUUCCUAAAGACCGAGAGCACGGCCUACACUCCAGGUGAAAUUGACGGGUGUGCAGGAGCAGCCAGAUCUGGCGGUUCUGUUCUACUGCGUGGCGGCGGUGCAAACCCAGACGGUGGAGGUGGUGGUGUGAGAAUUGGCGCUGGAGAGGCGGUUCAUAGCACCCAUCGAGGAGGAAACUUCAUUGCCAGUGCGGGGAACGGUGACGCUAUCGGCUCGUGCUUGGUAAUCUGUGGCGGCGAGAGCGCUCGUGGCGACUCUGGCACUAUCGGCGUCUUGAGUGGAGCAUCCUCAACGAAAGUCGGAGAGACAGGAGAUUUGUACGUAAGCAGCGGUCGGUCUCACUCGAGCGGCCCCACAUGCAUUUCGACUGGUAGUUCGAGGGACGAUGCCAAUGUCAAUGGCUGCUGCUUAUCUACAGGGAGGGGCUUCUUGAGCACGGGGGGAAGCGUGCGUGUGAGUUCAACAGCAGGCGACAAUUUGCGCAGCAUAAAAAUGAGAAGUGGUAGCGGACGUAUUGGCGGCGCCAUCCAUUUGCUUGGGGCUGAGGCAAAGAUGCGUGCGGGGAGUAUCUCCUUCUGUGCCGGCGAGACAUCUUUGCAUGGCGAAGCUGGUUGUCUUUUAGUAUCUGGAGACUCUGGAUCGACGUUGAGCGGCCAUGCGGGUUCAAGCGAAGGUAAGAGGGGCGGGGCUGCGAUUGCAAUGAGCGGUGCCAAUUGCCAAAGAAGCGGAACUAUUGGACUGUGCACGGUCUUCCAGGACGCCGAGCAGACCAGCGGGCGUAUAAACGUAGCAUCGCAGCCUGCGACCACGUUUACGAGUGGAUGUGUGCAUCUAGGAAGUGGUGCGGCCGGAAGAGCUGGCGCGGUGAAUCUCUGCGGCGGCUCGUCGUUUGACGUCGACGGGAGCGGCGUCGCGGUCCGUGCUGGAAGCGGAACUCCUCACAGUGGCGCAGGUGGGUGUAUUGGUGGCGGAGCCGGCCAUGGCCGUCAAGGCGGAGAUCUCAAGCUCGCGGCAGGUAACGGUCGGGAGGCUCCAGGGGGAACCGUCGCCAUGUCCUCGGGCACUAGCAGCACAGCUUCGAGUGGUAGCGUCGCGAUCGGCAGUGGCACAGGCAUGAGAAACAGCGGUAGCGCUCGCGUGUCGAGCGGAAAAGCGGCCAGCGGGACGUCGGGCCCCGUGCGCCUGGGCACGGGGCAUGCAGCGACUGCUUUGGCGUGUAAUAUACUAACGGGGAGCUCCGAUACCCAGGGAGGUGGUAUGUCGAGUCUUUGCGCUGGUAGUGGCGUGGCGGGCGGCGACUGCACAUUUUACAGUGGCGAUGGUCAGACUGGCGGUUCAUUUUGGGUCGCUGCCGGAUCCGGCCACUCAGCUAAUGGCGCAACUUUGUUGGACGCUGGGCGUGCGUAUAGCUCAACCGGUGGCUCUGUCAUAGUUGGCGCGGGCAAGUCGGGCUCCAGCAGUAAUGUUGACAUCCUCUCUGGUGGCGAAGGCGGGUGUGUCGCCGUCCGCUCUGGCCUUGGACAUUGUGGUGGUGUGGGUCAUGUCACCCUCGCGCGAGGGACGUCAUCGCUGACUAUUGAUGAUGCGAAAAUCCAAUUGCAAGGAGCUCGUUUUUUUUCGAGGUCGAAUCAUCACCGCGUCAAUAGCAUUGAACUCGGUGACAGUCGUAGCCAUAUUUCAAUGCACAUCAACGAUCGAGCUUGUGGUACCAAGUUUGACCUUCGUCAAGAAGGGGACGGGGCUUCUGCGGUGGCCUGUCUUCCACUAAGAAUGACAGAAUUGACGUACUCAUCUGACAGCCGCAUCAAGCGCGACAUCUCGUAAUUUCCAGCGUCCUGAAUAACAUGCGGACGAAGCGCGGGUCAUUUACUGAUUAAUGCUCCUAAACCUUCUUGAUUGUGCUGCUGCAGGUAUAACGUCAACCUCGGGGCAGUGUACGAAGGCUUCACCAGAGUGCCGUUAGCAUCUUACAAGUAUUCAGAGGCGUGGGCAUCCCUUCGCGGAAUCGACAGGGGCCAUUCAGCUCGUGGUGUGAUUGCGCAGGAGCUCCACCACGUCGACUCUUUAGGUGUUCACGUGGGUGUGUCCAACUACGAAGACGGCGCCUUCUCACUAGAUCAGAUGUUCAAAGUUGACAAACAGGGUUUAGUUCUCGACCUAAUAGGUGCACUGCAGGCUAAACACGUGUGCUAUACUUCUAGUUGCAGUGACGGAAGUCUUACUGCCCGGACUGCGACGUCGUGGGCCUCUGGGACCGCCGAUCUGAAGACGGGUAUAUCAUCAGAGGGCAACUCGGGUUCCGUUUACAUGAUCACUGGCUCAGCACGCGCCAGUGGCGCAUGCGUUUUGAAUACCGGUCAUGCCUACCGUGUAAAUAAUCUGGUGUGCAGCAGCGGGAUGGGCACCAGUGGCCUGGGGGGGCGUGUGUGCUUCGCCGCAGGGGGAGGUAAAUAUCACGGGGCCGCAGCGCUAGCAUUUGCUGGCGUUGGCUCUUUGGUAGGUGGUACUGCACGCAUCGAGGCAGGUGGGGGCACCGGUGGUGGGUCCUUGUGUUGUGGUUCGCCGGCAACGGGAUGUGUGACGAUUGGGCAUGAUGCCACUGGCUCAGCUCCGUACGGCGGCACCACUGUGGCAUACGCAGACGACGAGUUCAGGGCGGUAGCCGGAGAAGAAUCUGGUGCAUUCUUGCAAACGCGUCGAUCGAACGUUGGUUCAGGACGCAUUGACUUAGUCUCUCGUGGUGGCGGUCUUCUUGAAUUAAGUUCCUCCUCUUCAGACUAUGCGAUACCUCCGACUAUGCUCUGCUCUGGUGAUGGGUCAGCCGCAAGCGGCGUCUUGUUGAGAACCGGCACUGGUGGCACUGGCUCAGCCGCGGGUGAUGCCCAAAUCAACGGUGGACGAGGAGGCGGCGCAAUAUGUAUGCGUAGCGGCAAUGGUUUUGAAAACGGGGGACAGAUAGAACUAGAAACAGGAGCUGGAAGUGAGAUUGGUGCACCAGCUGCUUUGACGACGGGCGGAGUCUCCAGGGAUAAAAGCGGGGAUAUUCUAGUGGUAACUGAAGCCACAGUUGCAGAUACGGGUGCAAUUCGAGUCUCCACAGGCUCGGCAGCUUCAUUGUCAGGUAACAUUCGAGCUUCUGCUGGCCACGCAACGGGCAAGGGAGGUGGCAAUGUGCGGCUUUCUCUGGCUGCGCGCACGGGUGCGAAUGGUGGCUCGGCGUCUUUGUUUGGAGGGGGAGGUACCCAUAGGGGCGGGGGGAUACACCUUUGCGGCGGACAGGGUAGCCUCAAGGCGGGCAAUAUCACGCUCAUUGCGGGCCUCAGUCUGAUGUCCAGUGGGGGGGCUGUGCGGAUUGCAACCGGUGACGCUGCUCAGGCAGCUGGCCCGCUUGUCAUGGUAGCCGGUUCUGGUGGGGAAUAUGGCGGGCGCAUUGAGUUACUCGGCGGUUCAUCCGCAUACGGACCGGGAGCGAGUGCUUGUGCCCAGAGUGGCAAGGGGACCACGAAAUCAGGGCGCAUGUCUGCGGUUACAUCUAAAUCCACAUAUACGUCGGGAUCAGCUUCGUGCCAAUCGGGAUGUGCAGUUGUUGGGUCUUCUGGCAUGAUUAAACUCGGGAUUGGUUGUGCUCAAAUCGUCGGCGAUGCGGGACUCGGUUGCGGCAGUAGCAGCGGAGGAAUCACCGGUGGAAACACCAAUAUCUACGCCGGAGGUGCCGCCGCGGCCGCGGGGCUGCUACGUGUCACUGCUGGUGCGGCUGACAUUGGCGGUCGAGUUGGACUGUUGGCUGGCAACGGCCAGCUGUCGCGUGGUGGGGUGCUACACCUGAGCGCAGCUACAGGCGAAACAGUAAGUGGCUCUAUUGGCAUUUCGAGUGGCAGAAGUUCAAUUGGCGGCACGGGCGCCCUAAAUAUCAAGACACGAUCGACGCUGACGCGAGGAUCUGGAGCAGUGCACUUCAAAGCAGCGGCUGCCAGCGGCAUGACCGGCACAAUCCGCAUCAGUUCUGGUGAUGUAUAUGCGGGUAGCGGCAGUGGAAACGUCUCACUUAAGGCUGGGAGUUCUUGUGGACCAGACAUGCGCCCAGGAAGCGUUGGACUUUACUCUGGCGCCGCGGCCUCAACAGGUGGGAGCUGCGUAUUCUCAAGUGGAAACGGCGCAAUUAGCGGCGACAUGAAUAUCGGUGCUGACGCAGUACACUCACCCCCCACGUCGUUUGGUGUUUCCAGAGGAGUCACUUGUCGAGCGGGCAAGAGCGCGUCUGUCGGUGGUGCCCUCUGCCUUGUCAGCGGCAGCGCUAAAAUAUCUGGCGUUAAAGGAGGUACAACGAUGAUAGUAGGAGGCACGCAGACUGGGCAAGGUUUAGCACUUGGAGGAGGAAUAGUAAUGGGUGCUGGACAAGGCACCUUGGGUGUGAGCGGUCAAUUUGGUGUCACAUCGUCUACGGCCGAGGCUUCCGGGAAUAUAGUGACUUCGACGGGAGCUGCUCCUAGUGUGGGCAAGCUCGACAUGUCAUCUGGUGCCGGGGCUAGUGGACGUGGCGGCCUAACUUGCAUCAGUGUGGGCACGUCGAUGCUCAACGACGGUGGUAGUGUUGGUCUCGAGUCUAGUCAAGCCGAAAUUUGCCAGCUCAGCACAGAAUCUACUGGGACGAGCGCACGACUCUUUGCAGGUACGGGCAUGGACAACGGUGGAAAGUUUGACCUUGUUUCUGGUCGAGGGACCGGCGUGCCCGGUAGUGGCGAGCUCAUCGUUCGGACGAGAGCGCAGACGGCAAAUUCACAUCGCGCCAACAUACACAUGCGCACAGCAGCGACGCCAACAAACGAUGGCGGGUGCCUGGGGAUAUACACUGGCCACCGCAUUGGUUCUUCUGGCGGCAUCAGCUGCGUCACGGGCCAAAGUAGCAACGGAUGUAUGGGAGACAUCGUGUUCUUUUCUGGGCCAAGCAAAAUAUCCUCAGGUCCCUUGAUCGCCGCUGCUGGUCACAACCCUAGCCUCGGUGAUGACAUGGCCACGGCUCGUGCGGGUAUGCUACUAGCUCGCACAGGUUCAGGGACUCGCGGUGGAGAUGGCCAAAUUACUGCUGGCAACACUGUAGCAAAGCCAAUGAGUAAUACGUUUAAUGCUGGCAGUUCCACCUCGGGUUUGGGUGGCCAGGCACAGCUUUCUGGCGGAGAGACAGCCUCAAGUCAUGGUGGCCAACUGGAACUUGCUGCGGGCGCGGGCUUGGCGACCGGCGGGGGGCUCGUCAUGACUGCCGGCGCCGCUUCUGGAGACGGUCACGGUGGCGGUAUCCAGAUGAUCGCCGGGGCGGGCACAGCGCAUAGCGGAAAUUUUGCCCUGCGAACGAGUCGUGCGCUUUGCAGCGGUGAGAUAGACCUGAUGACAGGCACUGACUUUGGAGGCGCAUCUGGCAGAUUGGCCAUUCUGACGGGUGCUGGUAGAGCCGGGAGAGGAGGCAGCGUCGUGCUAAGCUCUGGACUGGCCGUCGAUACUGGCGGUGCUGUCGUCACUUGCGCGGGGCAGGCGCAGAAGGGUGGCGGUAGCGCAGUGGCACUAGCUGGUGGAGCCCUUGGACGGGGUGACGGUGGGUCCAUUUCUCUAUUGGCAGGCUCGUCAGCAAAGGUUGGUGGAGCUACGUGCGUCAGAACUGGAGGGGCGAUGGCGAACGGGCAUGGCCGUGGGAGAAUAUUAAUGACGAGCGCAACUGGCAUUGGUGAAGCAGAGAGCGGGCGCUGUUUGUUGCGGAGUGGGGCAACGGAGGGAAGUGGCGAAGCAUCUGGCGCCGUGUCGUUUCGCACGGGCCAGGGUGAUCGGGGUCCAGGCUUCAGGGCUUCCUCCGGUUGGGGGCUCAACGGGGGCUGCCUGGGGUUCGACUCUGGCGAAGGCGACAUUGGUGGUAAGCUGGGACUAGCUGCUGGCAAGGGUUGUUCAGGCGGUGCCGUAUUCGUGAGAAGUGGGCAAGCCGCGGGAGAUAGUGGAGAUCUCAGUGCGAUGGGCGGGUCAGCUACCCGCGAUCAGAGUGGACGAAUGCUAGUCUCAGCAGGCCAUUCGACCCAAGGCAGUGGCGCUACUGCAACCCUCCGUGCAGGCAAAGGCGGGGGCUGUCAUCGACUCUAUGCUGGUGCCAGCACUGAUUCAGCAGCUGGCAACUUUGUCAUCGGGACCGGGCCUGGAGGGAGUGCUGCGCUCAGCACGGCUGCCAAUGUUGCGAGCGGCCAUGCUUUUGUCUCGACAGGUGACUGCUCCGUAGGCGGCAAUUCGGGCGUAGGUACCUUCAGUACCGGCGCUGCGCAACGUGCUGGAAGAAUCUAUCUAUGUUCGGGUACGUCAGGUCACCUCGCAGGUGGCGGGAGUAUCUCUCUGACGGGCAUGUCAAACGCGCAUACUGCUAUCGGUUCCGCAAUUCUGCUCUUAGGAGGUGACCAGUCGAACUAUCACGGCGGUAGUUCGAACAUUUCUGCGGGUAAGUGUGGGCAAGACGGGGACGGUCAUGUUGUGCUGAGCACAGGCGGCGGUGAUAAUGCAUGGAGCGGCUGCGCUGCCAUACGUUCGCCUGCCGCAGGAUCUUGCGGUGGUGGUACAGGAAACUGCGCCAUACAGACCGGCGAGGCAAAGCAGGGUAGCUCCGGGUCUGCUGUCCUCGGCACAGGCUGUCCGUUGCUCGGUGCCUCUGGGGCACUGUGUCUUGCGGCAGGAUGUGCUCGUGACUCGAGCGGUAAUGUCACCAUCGAAGGAGGCUCUGCAAUGUCUGGAGGAGACUUGCAACUUAGUGCAGGGUGCGGCACCAUCGGCGGUCGAGUCAGGAUUAGUGGUCGCGGCGGCGGCAGCGCCCCUGGUCGCCAGGUUGGGUGUCAAGCAGGUAGCGCUAGCGAUCUGGGGGGGGGUGCGCUGGUACAUGCUGGAAUGGCAGGGGACUUAGGUGGCUCCUCGAGCCUUAGCGCGGGUUUAUCUUCAUGCGCAAAUGGUGGGACUGUUAGCCUCGUCAGCGGCGUCGGUGGCAGACAAGUCAGUGGUGUUGUGACCAUAGUAAGCGGAGAAAGUGAGCGGGGAAAUAGCGGUUCUCUAGGUGUAGCUGCACUUGUGGGUGGCGCGAUUACUCUUGAGACUAGUGCAGCCUCAGAUGUCGGUCACAUCACAAUGUCCGCAAGAAAAAGUGCGUGUGCUCGCGCGGGGGGGGUGGGAGUCCGCCGCAGUCCAUCGGGGGGGAAUGAAGCUAAAGGGUGCAUUGUUGCGAAUGCGGGCGACACUACGGAGAUGCAAGCGCCAUCGGGCACCUUUUUUCUUCGUGCCGGUCAAAGCACUUGCACAAGUGCGUGCCUCGGCGACGGCGGUGCAUGUGGUGGCUGCGUUAUGAUGGCCGGGGGAAAAGGUACGUUCCGUGGUGGGUCCACCCUAUUUGCAUCUGGCGCGGGACGUGCAGAUGCCGCGAGCGGGAGUAUUUCAUUCAAAGCAGCCGCCGCUAGCGGAAAUAGCGGUGCUGCAGAAUUGACUAGUGGCUCUGCUGACUUGUCGGAUACACUUUUAGGCGCAUCAUCAGGCUCUGCUCGCCUGGGAACAGGCGGGCCAGCAGACGGCCGUGGAGGGACUACUUUUGUCACAGCGGGAAGUGGUGGCGGUUCAAUUGAGAUCGGGUCAAGCAGUGUGGCAAGUCGCCGUGGACAUCCUGGAGAUGCCAUUGCAUUGGCGGGCUAUGGAGCACGUGGAGGCAUGGCACGGAUAAAAGCUGGCAAUGGAUACAAGGGCCCGGGUGGUAUUGCUACUUUUGCCGCCGGACACAGCGACGAGGGAAACGGCGCAAACGCAAGUCUUGCAGCUGGAGCGACCCGUGGCAACGCCGCAGGCAUCGUGAUCCUCGAAGCCGGAGCAGCGCUAUCCACAGCUUCAGCAAGUCCAAGCACUAUUGGUGGCGCAGCGAGAGUCACGGGCGGCAUCGCGACAAUCGCAAUUGGAGGCAACCUUGGUGCGAAAGGCGGAGACGGCGACACGUCCGGUGCAGUGCUCCUGAGUUCGAAUGUAGUCGAGGGCGAAGGUACCUCAGGGAUGCUACGAUUUGGUUCCGGAACAUCGUCAAACGGUAACUCAGGAGUUGUCAACUUGCGAUCGGGAGACGGCGAGGGGGCAACAGGCGGGCGCUUGACUCUCUGCGUCGGAACUGCGCGCGGUGGCUCAGCUGGAGACUUGUGUGUUGCAGCCGGUGACACAUCAGCACGAACUCGGGCAAGUGGAGGUGAAAUUGCGCUCUGUUGCCCUUCUGGCGGCGACCGAGACGAAGGCGGCGCCUUGACGCUCGUUGGUGGACCGGGUUACCCAGGGGGCGAUGUCUCUCACCAGCGCCGUGUUUCCAUCUGGAAUCUGAGUCGUGUGGCGUGAUUAAUUGAACAUCAUAGGUAAAUAUUACCACGGGCCAGGGAACCUCAUCUGGUAGCGGACAUCUUGUGCUACGCACAGCUGAUUCAGGUGACGAGGACGAUAGCGGUGCGCUACAACUUGCCACGGGCACUACGUGUCGCGGCGAUUCUGGGUGAGUAUAUAAGAAUAUGCUGCCUUCCAUCUUGCCUAACAGCCAUUUUCCCGCAGGUGCCUAUGCAUGGCAACCGGCGCUGCACAAGCCGGUGGUUCGUUUCGUAUUCUAGCCGGGAUUGCAGCGCUUUCUGAUCGUGCUGGCAUGAUAUCAGUAGAUGGCGGUGGAACUGUGUGCGGCAGUGGUGGCAACGUCCGCGUGGCCACGGGAAAGGGAGUAGACCGCGAUAGUGGUAAUCUCGUCAUGGCAACAGCGGCUGCGGGAUCGGACACCGGAGCAAGUGGCGCUGUUGCUCUCAAAACAGGUUCGACGAGCGCAGGUAGCAGCGGAGCCCUCAGCUUGACGACAGGCACUGCUGUUUCGGGAUCAGGCGCUAUACCUGUGUUUUUGCAAGUAGACAGGCUACCGAUUACACACCAUACACUAUAGGCGGAGAUCUGGUGCUCAAGGUUGGCGAAUCUCUGCUUCGGUCAGCAUUUGUCACGGGAAAGUCAACAGUAGGUGGGAAUGUUUGUUUCGUUUCGGGCUCCGGGCGCGCUGGAGCUAGUGGAGAGAGCGGUCGAAUACUCGUGUUGACACAAAAUGCAGGUAUCAAAGGCACAAGUGGAGCGCAUUUCCUAGCGACUGGAACGGCAAGCCUCGGUGAUUCUGGCGCGAUCUGUCUAGGUUCAGGUGUUGCCAAAAGUGGCGGAGGCGGCUCUUUUGUCGCAUCGGUUGGUGUGGGAGACAGUGGAAACGGAGGGGACGCGGCAAUAUAUGCAGGAAGCGCAUCUCGUAGUUCCAACAAAGGAGGCUUGAUGGCACUUUCGGCAGGGAGGAGCCAUGCAGUUGCUUUCGGGGCCGGAGGUAGUGUGACGUGUGGCGCAGGACGUGGUCGCACAGAUUCUGGCGGCGUGUUCUAUAUUUAUAGCGGAAUGAGCGUACUGUCAACAUCCGGGGCAAUUUUGCUCCGUACAACUGAUGCUGGUUCCGGUGGUGCUUCUGGUGAGCUGGCACUUACAUCGGGCACCGCGUCCUGCGGCAACUCUGGUAGACUCAACUUUGAGACCGGAACUGCGGCAUCAGGGACUGGUGGUUUCGUGUGCUGCAUUGUAGGUCAGGGGCGUUCUGGAAUUGGGGGUGGCAUAAGUGUGACCGCAGGCAUCACAGCAGCGGAAGAGGAAGACCGCAGAAAUAGUGGCGGCUGCGUGAGCGUUGCAGCAGGUGCUGCCACACGGGGCGGAGACGGGACUAUUGCUGCGGGUGACGGCGCGUCGGCGUCUGGAGGUUCUAUUGAUCUACGCAGUGGCUCCGCACGCGGCACGUCCUCAGGCGAGAUUUCUCUGGCGACGGCAGAGAGUACUGACAGAGGUGUCUCUGGUUUUGCAGACAUGAGGACAGGUUGCGGCACCUGUGGAAAUGCUGGUCGCAUAAAUCUCAGAUCGGGUGCUGCUACUGGCGGUCGUGGGGGGGCCUUGGUCCUGAGUGCAGGCGAUGGCACGUCCGGCCGCGGCGGCAAUAUCACCAUCAGGGCGGGCCGAAGCGACGAAGGCACCGGUGGUCGUGCCUAUUUUAACGCGGCUGGGGGUGCUUCAUCUUCCUCUGGCAGCGUCCGCGUAUACACACCCAACGCGGGCACGCGUGGCGCAAGUGGGAGUCUCCGGUUUAGUACCGGCACGACAUCCCGUGGCAACUCAGGCGAGCUCGUCUUCGGUACGGGCGCGGCGACUGGCGGCCGUGGCGGUUCUAUUUUUGCUCGCGUUGGUCGCGGUGCGUACACAGGUGGCGUGGCUUGCACCGUGGCGGGGCGCACCUGGAGUGGAACAGGAGGCUGCCUCGCAUCAGCAACCGGCGAAGGAGCAGCCACAACCAGUGGUUUUGUUCGCGUGACGGUUGCAAAUGCAGGGACGAGAGGUUCAUCGGCCGCACUUAGUUUUAGCUCAGGAUCAGCAUCACAUGGUAAUGCGGGCGCCAUCGAAUCCGGUUCAGGGGCAGCGACUGGCGGUCGGGCAGGCCUCGUGCGCCUGACGGCCGGUAGCGGUACCAGUGCCACGGGCAGUGAGGCAACGGUAGAUGCUGGUCGCAGUCGCAGCCGUACAGGUGGCUCUGUUAACUUAUUUUCCACUGAAGGGACGCUCCACACAAGUGGCUCUGUCAGGGUAGCAACGGCAAAUAGUGGUCCUGAAGGGGUCAGCGGCAGCAUGACGUUUAGUACUGGCACAGCUUCGUCUGGGAACACUGGCAUUUGUGUGGUUGGCUCUGGCAUCGCAACUGGUGGUAGUGGGGGCUUUACUAGCGUGACGGUCGGCUAUGGCGACUCGGGUUCUGGCGGUUCUGCCAUGCUCGUGGCCGGUCGAAGCUCUGCCGCGUCCGGUGGUAAGCUGCUGAUGCAGACUACAGACUCGACCAGAGCAACUAGUGGUGUGUUUCGUGUUCGAACCGCAAACGGCGGGAGUAGGGCUGGUGCAAGUGCCCGUCUCUGCUUCAGUUCAGGGUCUGCCAAUAUUGGCAAUUCCGGUUCUCUAAUUAUUGGGAGCGGUGCGGUUUCCGCAGGCCGUGCUGGCAGAACAUACGUUAGUGUCGGGAGUAGCCAAAGUGGCGUAGGAAGCGCAGAAAUUUUCCUUGCUGGACGCACGGCUGAACGAACAGGAGGGUUAUUUGCUCUUGCUGGUGGUGGUGCGGCAGGCACAACAUCGGGUGCAUUUCACCUUCAGACUACAAAUGGUGGCGUGUCGGGCACCAGCGGUGCUCUUGUUUUUAGUAGUGGUAGCAGCGACGAUGGCAAUGCUGGCGCAUUGAGAUUAGGGUCUGCUGCCGCGACAGGCGGUUGCGGUGGUUCGAUAUUAGUCGUAGCCGGUGGCGGCAAUAGCGGCAUAGGGGGUCAGCUAGUUGCACGAGCUGGACGUAGCGGCUACCGCACAGGGGGCUCCCUUGCGGCCCUCGCAGCUUCUGGCAUCUCCGCAUCAACUGGCACGAUUGCCCUACAAUCGGUAAAUGCUGGUGCUGGUGGUACCAGCAGUCGUUUGGAAUUCAGUGCAGGCACUGCAUACAGCGGCAACAGUGGUAUGAUCAGCGUUGGCGUGGGUGGAUCGACAGGAGGAGCAGGCGGAUUACUUCGUGCCUCUGUUGGUGGCGGAACGAGUGGGCGCGCUGGCGCUGUUUUAGCAGCUGCAGGGCGCACAUGUGAUUCAACCGGGGGAUUAGUUGGUUUAUUGGCUGGUGGUUCUGGCGGAACAAGUUCGGGUAAAAUGGUAGUUUGUUCUGCUAAUGCUGGGGCGUCUGGAGCUAGUGGCUAUUUGGUCUUUAGCACAGGUUUGCCAAAUGGCAGCAACAGCGGAGGCGUGUCGCUAGGCACCGGUCAGGUCACAGGUGGCGCUGGAGGCGCAAUACUUGUCACUUCCGGUCCAGGCUUGAGUGGUAUGGGAGGCCUCGUCGUAUGUCAGUCAGGUCGCACGGUCUGUCGGGAAGGAGGGAAGGCUACGCUGAUAGCCGGCGAGAGCGGUGCUUCCAGCAGUGGGUCUAUCACAAUUAUAGGGGCAAAUGGUGGUUUUUUGGGAUCUAGUGGUUGUCUCGCGUUCAGCUCUGGAACGGCCAAAACAUGCAAUUCUGGGAAACUUUGCCUCGGGUCUGGAGACGCAACUGCUGGUAGUGGAGGUUCAAUAUCCUUUAUCACGGGUAGGGGCUCGAGUGGUACAAAGAGGACGAUCGUAAUAGCGGCGGGUCGGUCGGUGGCACCAGCGAAGAGGACAGGCGGCGCACUUACUGUGUUUUCUGGCUGCGUUGCUGCGACAAGCUCGGGGGCGGUUGCGUUGCGCACAUCAAAUGGCGGCGUCUUUGGUUCGGUUGGUAGUCUUCUCUUCAGCUCCGGAUCGACUUCAGUCGGAAAUAGCGGCAUGAUGCGCGUUGGAACGGGCUCAGCGAGUGGCGGGAGAAGCGGUGCCGUGACCUUGGCUGUAGGGAGCAGCGGCAGCGGGGCUGGUGGUCUUGGCGCCCUACACAGUGGCCGCAGUACUGUGUUAACCGGAGGCUUCGUGGUAAUGACUGCAGGAGAAGGCGCAACGACUUCUGCGGGCACGGUCGUUGUACAUAGCAGCAACGCUGGGAGCUCAAAAUCAGCGGCUGGUCGUCUCAUCUUUAGCUCGCACGGUGCAAUCGCUGGUAACGCUGGGAGUGCACUAUUUGGUUCAGGUUCUACGACAGCCGGGCACGGUGGACAUGUAGUGAUAUCAUCUGGUAGCGGGACCUCUGGAACAGGCAGUGCCAUCUCUUUGGCAGCGGGGAGAGGCGUGUCGCACACGGGGGGUCAUUUCACAUUUUCGACCCAGACAGGUAGCACAGCAAGCAGCGGCGCUGCUUGUGUGCGAUCGUCAAAUGCUGGAAGAUCUGGAGCGAGUGGUCAUCUCGUGUUUAGCAGCGGGUCAGCUGUCCGUAGUAAUUCGGGUUGUAUUCUUUUGGGAUCUGGUCCUGGGCAGGUGGGCCGAGGUGGUAGCAUUAUAGUGACGGCUGGCGGAGGAACGGGAUCUGGGGGUCGCGCACUAUUCCAAUCUGGUCGCAGUAAUGGGCAAAGUGGUGGAUGUGUCUCAGCGCGAGCUGGCGAAGGCACCGUGUCUAGCAGCGGUGAUGUCCGUGUCCAGUCGUGGGCAGCAUCAGGCGGAUCUGGUGCAAGCGGAUGCCUCCUCUUUUCAUCAGGCAUCUCGAGGGGUGGCAACUCAGGAAGCAUCACACUAGGCUCAUACGCAGCCACGCGUGGAUGUGGCGGGGCGGUGCGCCUCGCGGUUGGUAGCGGUACAUCGGGCAUUGGUGGCUCUCUCGGAAUCGCAUCGGGACGAAGCUUGAAAUCAACUGGCGGAACGGUUGAUCUUGGCGUGGCUGAAGGCACAGUUGCCAGUAGCGGCAGCUUCUUGGUACGGACGGCGAACAGCGGUGUCGGCGGUGCUUCCGGGCGCCUAACAUUCAGCAGCGGCACAGCAUGCGCAGGAAAUGCUGGUGAGGUUAGAGUCGGUAGUCGUGCUUCAUCAACAGGGCGUGGAGGUUCAAUCGCUGUGAGUGCAGGUAGCGGAAGCAGCGGUUUUGGUGGGUGUAUUCAUGGUCAAGCGGGUCAAAGCAUCGCGACCGGAGGCUCCGCAUACAUGCUAAGUGGUGAAGGCACGGUAGCCAGCAGUGGUAUUGUCUCGUUCUUAAGUGCAAAUGCUGGCCCGGGUGGGUCCAGCGGACGCCUUUCAUUCAGUUCGGGAGCUGCUAGCGUAGGUAAUAGUGGACAAAUUUCUAUUGGCUCCGGGACUACAGCUAUAGGUCGUGGAGGCUCGGUUUCCCUGAGCGUCGGGAGUGGCAACAGUGGUGCUGGAGAGGCCACCGUACUUCAGGCCGGUUAUGCGGCUGUGACGACUGGCGGCGAUCUGCGCCUUCAUGUUGGCGAGGGAACAACGUCGACAAGUGGCUCUCUGCGAGUUACGUCUACCAAUGGCGGAAGUGUGACGGGAACAACUGGAGUCAUUACUUUCAGUUCCGGUGUUUCAACCGAAGGAAAUGCAGGUCAACUAAGUUUGGCCACUGCAUUUGCUCGCGGCGGCUGUGGCGGCCAUCUCAAACUCGCUGUUGGCAGUGGAACCAGUGGAACGGGCGGGCAGAUGCUCGUGGCAGCGAGUCAAGCAAAAACAGCCACCGGAAGUGGCGUGCACACCUCGGCUGGCGAGGGUGACGCGUCCAGCGGUGGUGUGAUUGUACUGAGAGCUGCUAAUGCUGCGGUCGCUGGGUCCAGUGGAAGACUUAGCUUUAGUUCAGGGAGUGCUGUUGGAGGCGACAGCGCAAGCAUUCAUGCGGGGAGUGGCGCAUCCAGCCUGGGCAGAGGCGGGGUAGUCAAGCUCAUUGUUGGGAGCGGAACGAGCCGCCAAAGUGGCCCAUUAAUCCUAUGUGCUGGCACAAGUCUCACAUCAACAGGGGGCAACUGCGCGAAGUUGAGUGGGGCAGGCGCGACGUCUAGCAGUGGCACCACAGUAGUACGCACUUCCAACGGAGGAUAUACUGGCACAACCGGUCGCCUCACAUUUAGCUCAGGCACCGCCAGCGAUGGUAAUAGUGGUUGUAUACUUGCAGCAACCGCAGCAGCAUCUGGACACGCUGGAUCUCUGUUUAUCACUGCUGGAAGCGGGACAAGCGGACCAGGCGGGAACAUUUGUCUUCGCUGCGGCCGUAGUGUCUCGGGUACGGGUGGACCUUGCACGAUAUCGACCGGAGAGACAACUAUCUCGAGCAGUGGCCAUGUUUCGAUUCGAUCUACCAAUGCCAAACAUCUCGGAACAUCGGGCCUUUUGACAUUUUCGACAGGAUCGAGUGAAGCAGGUAAUGCGGGUGCGUGUGUAUUUGGCACAGGCGCCGCUAGCACAGGAGCUACCGGUUGUAUUAUCAUAUCUGUUGGUCGAGGCACAAGCUCUAGUGGUGGUGUCGUCCAAAUAUUGUCAGGUCGCAGCGCCGUAGCCUCCGGAGGUUCCCUGAGGGUGCUCAGCGGGGAGGGGACAUCGUAUAGCAGUGGAAUUGUAUCAGCUCUGACUGUAAAUACUGGCAUCGUUGGGUCAAGUGGAUUACUGUGCUUCAGCUCUGGGUCAACCAAUUUAGGAAAUGGUGGUGACCUGCGUGCUGGGUCCGGCCCGGCAUCAGUCGGGCGGGGAGGUACUGCGAGUAUGAGCGCAGGAAGUGGGACGAGCGGAUCGGGCAGUCACGUGUCGUUCAGUGCUGGACGCAGCAGAAUAUCGAGUGGAGGACGUGUACCCAUCAUUGGGGGAGAAGGAACCGCGACAAGCAGCAGCCUCGUUAUUAUUAUGUCGGGGAACACUGGCAAUGCAGGGACAAGUGGUCGACUCGCAUUCAGCUCAGGGCGCACGGCAGCUGGGAAUGGUGGGUUGGUGGCCAUUGGGUCCAGCGCAGCGACAGCAGGUCGCGCGGGCGCAUUGGAUGUAAGCAUCGGAAGUGGAAAAAGCGGUCUGGGCGGACUGUUGGCCACGUCAGCUGGGCGGAGCACGAUUGCCAGUGGGGGUGCAGCACGCAUUGGCAGCGGGGAGGGGACUGUGUCAAGUAGUGGUCGAUUAUCAGCAAUAAGCAUGAACACGGGAGUGGCAGGAAGUAGCGGCCGAAUCGUGUUCAGCUCAGGAGAAACUACUUUUGGGGGAAACAGCGGUCCGGUGUUAGUUGGGACCGGCAGGUCGACUGGAGGUCGCGGGGGUAGUCUUCGAGCAGCUGUGGGCAGUAGUAACAGUGGCAGUGGGAGCUCUGUUGCAUUGCAUUCUGGUCAAAGCUACGGCGGCUCGACUGGUGGUGUCGUUUGCCUGUUCAGUGAUGGCAGUCAGACAACCAGCAGCGGUGUGAUCCUGGCAUCUACAUCAAACGUCGGGUCGACAGGGUCAUCCGGAUGCCUCUUCUUUAGUGCUGGCGCAUCACAACGUGGCAACAGUGGACACCUUAGUUUCGCGACGAGUUAUGCGACCGGAGGCGCAACAGGCUCAAUAUCGAUGGCAAUCGGUAGUGGCACGAGCGGAUUUGGUGGUUCUGCAAGGCUAUAUUCCGGCCAAUGUGAUGUUUCCACGGGCGGCUCCAUUGAUGUCUGGGGUGGCGAGAGCACAACGACUAGUUCAGGUGCGAUUUCACUGUGCUGUGUUAACACCGGUCUAGACGGGGGUAGUGGCCGUUUGCUGUUUAGCUCUGGCUUCGCUAGUAUAUCCAACAGUGGCGCAGUAUGCAUUGGUAGCGGUGCCGGGCUCAACGGGCGGGCCGGCGCCAUUAGUAUAAGUCCUGGAAGCGGCACCAGUGCUCUUGGCGGCAGCAUUGUGGUUUGGGCUGGUCAAACUAUCUCACUCACCGGUGGUGAUACAGCAGUUCGUGCUGGAGGGGCGAGUGCAGCGAGCAGUGGGGCUGUGAGUGUGAUGUCUGCGAAUAAUGGUAGAUUAGGCAUUAGCGGCCGUCUUGUGCUUAGCUCGGGGUGUGCCUUAUCCGGGAACAGUGGCUCGGUGACGCUGGGAUCAGGGGUGGCAACAGCAGGUCGUGGAGGCGGAUUAGUAGUGAGCAUUGGAGUUGGAACGAGUGGGCUAGGGGCGCUUCUGGUCACGGCGGCCGGGCGGAGCACUGCAGGUACAGGAGGUCUGGCGGGCCUUGUUAGCGGAGAAGGAACCGCGUCGAGUAGCGGCCAAUUAUCAAUGAGAAGCAGCAAUACGGGAAUGGUGGGAAGUAGCAGCUGUCUGACCUUCAGUUCAGGAACAGCCGCCGGGGGAAACAGUGGUGAAUUGCUCUUGGGCAUUGGCGCCUCGACAGGCGGUAGUGGCGGUUUUCUCUGUGCAGCUGUUGGCAGUGGCACCAGCGGACAGAACUGCUUCCUUCAUAUUCAACCAGGAAGAACAAAUAGCAUGAGCGGUGGAAGCAUAACUAUUCAGACCACAACCGGGGUUCAGUCGAGCAGCGGGAGCUUAAGCAUAAGCUCUUCAAAUAGUGGUGACUCUGGAUCCUCGGGUAGGCUGACGUUUAGCUCGGGAACUACCAGCUCAAGUAAUACCGGUCUCGUUCGCUUUGGAACAGCAGGAGCAAUCAGCGGGUCUGGUGGUGACAUCAGAUAUAAUGUAGGCAAUGGAGGAAGUGCAGCUGGCGGUUGUACCACAGUAAUUUCUGGCAGAGCUGAAGGCUAUAGUGGUGGUGCAGUGCAAGUAUACUCUGGGGCUGGAAGGGGUGCAACGAGUGGUUCUAUCUUUGCAACAUCCCUCAAUGGUGGUGCAUACGGAUGUAGCGGUCGGUUGGUCUUCAGUUCCGGCUCAUCGUGGUGUGGAAAUACAGGAAGCAUACUUUUGGGUACGGGUGCUUCUACACAUGGUCUCGGAGGCACCAUCAAAUUCUGCGUUGGUUCUGGCGAUAGUGGUUCUGGCGGAAAGGCGCGUCUUGCCGCGGGAGAUAGUAUUACACAUGUAGGUGGCUCGUUAAACAUGCUCACGGGGGAAGGCGGGGGGGGGAGCAGUGGUGCAGUGUUGGUGUCUUCGCAAAAUAGCGUGAUAGAUGGAUUAAGUGGGCGCCUUGUUUUUAGCUCUGGUAUAUCACACGAAGCAAAUAGUGGACAAAUUGUAUUGGGUUCCGGCAUGGCUUCGGUUGGUUGCGGCGGAGCUCUCAGUUUCACUGUGGGAAUCGGCACAAGCGGGUGCGGUGGUCUUUUGAGUCUGAAUUCUGGCCAGAGUGCUUUGCGUUCUGGUGGAUCGAUAAAUAUGGCCGGUGGCGAAGGCAGGGCAUCAAGCUCUGGUGCGAUGUGUGUUCAGGGCGUAAGCCCAGGUGCGACGGGUUGUAGUGGACGUCUGUCGUUCAGCUCAGGGUCAUCCAGGCUUGGGAACAGUGGUGCGUUUUGUGUAAGUUCUGGUGUCGGGACAGCGGGGCGCGCUGGAGCAGUGAGGAUGGCUGUUGGUAGCGGCACAAGUGGAUCUGGAGGAUGUGCAUUGUUUCUUGCUGGUCAAAGCACGGGCUCGAGUGGUGGCUGUGUUUUCAUUAGCGCAGGAGAGGGCACAGCAACAAGUAGUGGCGUGAUCAAAAUUAAUUCCAUAAACAGUGGUAUUUCAGGAGCCAGCGGUUUCCUUAGAUUUAGUUCAGGCUCGUCGGUGACCGGAAAUAGUGGCUUUGUAUGCAUAGGCUCAAGUGCCGCAACUGGGACUGGACGCAGUGGCAGGGUUAUCGUGAGUGCUGGCAGUGGGACAAGUGGCAUUGGGACGCCCGUGGCUACCUUGUCCGGCCGCAAUAUUCUAGCGACCGGGGGGAUGAUUCGUGCCAACGCAGGGGGGGGGGCUUUGUUUAGUAGCGGUUCUGUUUGCAUAUUGGGCAUGGACAGCGGUGAGGGUUCAGGCGGGCGGCUACUGUUUAGCAGUGGCACCGCGUCAAGUGGAAACAGCGGGCGCGUCGCGUUGAGCACAGGAAUUGCUACCCAAGGAAGUGGUGGAGCAAUACGAAUUGCCGCUGGGAGUGGAACGAGCGGCAUGAGUGUAAUUCUAGGGGCUGCAGCAGGGCGUAGUGCAUCGACUUCGGGAGGAACGGUGCAUGCAUUUAGUGGCGAAGGCACUGCAAGUAGCAGCGGCUCUGUGUGCGUGUUAGCAGCUAACGGUGGCACUAAUGGUGUGACUGGGAGGCUCUCGUUUAGUUCAGGCACUACAAGAGUUGGAAAUAGUGGAUCAGUAUACUUUGGUUCUUGCUAUUCCUCAACCGCGCGUGGCGGAUCCAUCGUUCUUGCUGUUGGAUGUGGUUCAGUAUCAGGGGGGGGUUGUUCGCUAGACUCUGGGUGUUCAUCGGGGUACUCAGGCGGAAAUGUCAUAACUGAAGCGGGUGAAGGCACAGGAUCAAGUGGAGGCGUUGUAGUGUGUGUAAGCUCAAAUACAGGAGCAAGUGGAUCAAGCGGAAAGCUCUCGUUUAGCACAGGGUCAACACGACGCGGCAAUAGUGGCAUUUUGACAUUUGGAUCCGGGGCUGCGACCGAGGGGCGUGGCAAUAAUGUUUUCAUCAGCGUCGGAACUGGCACCAGCGCACUAGGGGGAGGCAUCCUUGCUCUCCCUGGUCGUGCCGUCGCAUUAAGCGGUGGGUUGCUCAGUGUAAGUGCAGGAGAAGGCACCGUAACAAGCAGUGGAUCUAUCACAGUCAAGGUCACAAACGGCGGUGUUGGCGGCAGCAGCGGGAGGCUUACUUUCAGUACUGGUUCUAGUAUGGCAGGGAACUCUGGAUGGCUCACACUUGGUACCGGAACAGCGUCUGGUGGUCAUGGGGGAACAAUGGGUAUAGAAGCUGGGAGCGGCUCUAGUGGUUCAGCAGCUCACAUUCGCAUUGACUCGGGUCAAAGCGCCGUUAGUAGUGGAGGUUUUACCAACAUAGCUUCAGGGGAAGGCAGUUCGGUGAGCAGUGGUGCCGUUACUGUCAAGGGCUGUAACUCUGGCGUGCAGGGUUCGAGUGGUAGGCUGACGUUCAGCUCGGGAUCUUCUCAAUCA